UUUUUUUGCGUUUCAAGACCUUCGCCCCACACGCGGUAGAUGGCGCUGCUGCAGAGCCUCCAGCUCGCAGCGCAUCCACAGCAGAGCGCACGCUCCUCGUGUUGUGGCAGUCUGUGGUGGGCAGGCAUAUGCUCGUUAGGCUGGAGAGAAGCAGGACGAUGGUGCUCCUUCUUGCGUCCGUGGGCCUUUGUGAGGCUGAUUAGAGUCUCCGCGCUUCUGCAUGGCCUUGAGGAUGUACGGCGAUGGAGAGGCCACCGUAUGGGACCGGGUCGGACGGCCCCAUCGGGACUGCAUGUGCUACCUUGGACCUCCGACUACUUUCCUGCCGAUCGGGAUGCGCAAGUCCCCCGACGUGAGCCCCAGAAGGCUUUCGGACAUCAGCCCUCAGCUCAGACAGCUAAAGUACCUGGUAGUGGACGAGGCCAUCAAGGAGGACCUGAAGUCCUCCCGAUCUGUGGAGGACAUCAACAGUGCGUCCAUUGAGGAGCGGAUACUGCGGAUUACCGGCUACUAUGGGUACCAGCCUUGGAGUACGAGUUACAAGAGAGAGGAGCGCUGCAGAGAGAAUGUGGUGGGUGCCGCAGACGCACAGGCGGCCGCCGCCACUGGAACGGAGGGCGGCUCCAGCCGGCGGAGGCCCCACUGCUGCAUCAGAGUAACGGCUGUACAGGUGCGGAAAGCCCUGUGGGGGAUUGCCAUGGUGGUGUGCGUGUGCUCGUCCUGGGCAGGCUCCACCCAGCUGGCCAAGCUGACAUUCAGAAAGUUUGACGCCCCGUUCACCCUCACAUGGUUCGCCACCACCUGGAACGGCCUCUUCUUCCCGCUCUAUUACAUCGGCCACAUGUGCAAGAGUCCAGAGAGGCAGACGCCCAAGCAGAGAUUCAGAGAGUGCUGUAGGUUCUUCGGGGACGAUGGGCUGACACCCAAGGUGUUUUUCACCAAGGUAGCCCCCUUCGGCCUGCUGUGGAUCCUCACCAACUACCUGUACCUGCAAGCGCUCAGGAAGAUCAACACAACAGACGUGUCGGCGCUAUUCUGUUGUAACAAGGCCUUCGUCUUCCUGCUGUCUUGGAUUGUUCUCAGAGAUCGCUUUAUGGGGGUCAGGAUAGUGGCUGCGAUCUUGGCCAUCGCCGGCAUUGUCAUGAUGACCUACGCUGAUGGAUUCCACAGCCACUCAGUCAUCGGCAUCACUCUGGUCGUGGCCUCUGCCUCCAUGUCUGCACUCUAUAAGGUGCUCUUCAAGAUGGUCCUGGGCAGUGCCAAAUUUGGAGAGGCGGCGCUCUUUCUGAGCAUUGUCGGAAGCGCCAACUUUGUUUUCCUCAGCUUUGUGCCGGUCAUCCUGUAUUUUACACAUGUGGAGUACAUUAGCUCAGCUGCAGACAUCCCCUGGGCCUACCUGUGUGGGGUUGCUGGCCUUCUUUUUGCUUUCAAUAUCCUCCUGAACUUUGGAAUUGCCAUAACCUACCCGACAUUAAUUUCCCUUGGUAUCGUCCUCAGCGUCCCUGUAAAUGCCUUGGUGGACUUCUACACUUGUGACAUAAAUUUUAACAUGGUGCGCCUCAUUGCGGUGUUCAUCAUCUGCCUGGGUUUCCUCAUGCUGCUGUUACCGGAGGACUGGGAUCAGUGCAUCAUCCAGCUCAUCACAAAGCUGCGCAAACGUGAAGAGCCAGCAGAAAGCAACGGUGAGGCGUGCGCUGGCACUGGCCUCAACUGGAGAAGCAGAGGCAGGACGUCCAUGACCACGUUUGCACAUUGACUCUUUGACAUGUGACCAUGCAAACACAGACAUUAGAAGGCUUUUGUUUCUGUUCAGGUCCCUGAGUAUACCUAAAACUUGAAUUGAUUGGUGCACUGACAUAUAUCAAUUGGGAUCGUUCUUCCCCUCAAAGCAAUCAGGUAUACUGAUUAAGUAUUGUAUUAAUUUUUCAAAUCUAAUUUUUCAUUUUUUUUCUGCACAUUUGAAAAAUUGAGGGAAACAGGACGCUUUAACAAACACAAACACAUUUACGAACCGAUCAGAUCCAAAGACAAAGGCCUAAAAAGGCCCACAGAGGCACAUUUUGAAGGAACAAAGAAAAUCUGCCUUUUGUGUAAUGUAUGGACUGUUUUGGUAGGAUACUCUGAGGAUCAAUUUAAAGACCCACGUUGAUCAUAUUUUAAAAGCGCUGCCAGUGGUCUUUUAAUUAUGAUCAUGCCGUUUUGUUUUAUUUUCUAGGACAUAGUUUCUGCAGAGCGGCAGUAGUUCAUUUGAAGUUUUCUCCGAGAUGUGGGCGGUACUGUUGGCAACCGUCCCUCCCCGUUGCUGAGAGCUCUCUGUUUAUAUGCUCUGCUGCUAGCUUGCUGCCCCUCACACAGCUACAAGUUACAGAUGCAACAACAUUUGUAGGCCAUAUAGGAGCUAUCCAGCCAGUUUUGAACAGGGAGCUUCGAAACCGCCAGGUGUAUUUUCUAAAUACAAUCUAUUUCAAAUUGCCUUUUUUUUGUCUGCUCCAGAUUGCCAAUGAAUUGGGGGGAAAAAAAACAAAAACCUCAGAAAUGUAAUUUUGAGCUUAAUUUUCCAAACACUGUUUUCAUCGGAGUGGGUCUUUAAGUCUGGGAGAAUAUGGUUUUCACACUGGCCUCCUGUGCUUUAGUGCUUUUCUUUUGCUAACAUUUUGCUUUGAAGGACAUUAUAGCCGGUGGAUAAAAACACAUUUGAUGGCUAAAAUUAGUCCCUUUUAGACUCCUAGUUCAUUUGUCAAAUAUCAGGAUCUUUGACCAUAGAGGCGAAUAGGCUACAUCAAAACUUAAAAAUUCCCCUUUGAGGAUCUUCAACAUCACCGAUGACCAUCACCGGGCCUCACUUUGGAUUCUGAACACAUCUGCUUUGGCACUCAAAAACCCACAUCUGUCGCACUUCAGUUGCAUUGUUUCUUUUUCAAACGUGUCUCACUGUGGUUCAAGCAGAGGUGUCUUAACAGACUCACUGUGUUUGCUUUUCAUCGAUCUAAUUUCUGAGGCAAUUUGACAAGCUUGAAAAGCAGAGGGUGACUGAAGAAGCCUCGGAGAGCGACCGGCAUAAACUCUGCCUUUCUGUGAAUGUAUGAACAUCACUCCACCACACUUGCUUGCUAAGUGCUGUGCAUUUUCAAACAGUGCCACCACAGACUUCUGCAGAGAGACUCCUUAAUACUAUCUUUCUUUUCUGAGGAAGAGGCAUCAUUGCAUUUGCUGAGAAGGUUUUUAUAUAUAUUUUUAAAUUGCUGACUAACCUCAAGAGGAGCAACAUCAAACGAAGGAGCAUGCACAUACUGUACGAGCAGAUAAAGCCGAUCAGUCCACUUCACUGCCUUUUUUGUUUUGUUUUGCAAUAGCGUACAUAAGCACUGUUUUUCAUUGUCAUUCUUGAUGACAAUUAAUAUGAAUAAUGUAUUCCUCUGGAAUUAUUGCAAGACAUAAAUGUAAACCUUUGUAAGGAAUGAUUUUUACACUAAAAUGCAGCAUAUAUGAUUAUCAUAUUUGAGGAGGAAAUGGUUAAACGUGUGAAUAAAAGAUGGGUAUAAAACGCUGGGUAUUUUUAAGUGUAAUCACGUGUAAUAUAAGUAUAAAAGAAUCUUUUGAAUAUG